AUGCCUAACUUCCCACCGCUGAAGAAUGAUCUAAUCUUUCGAACUAUUCGAGGCGAACGCGUGGAACGCCCUCCGAUAUGGGUCAUGCGCCAGGCUGGCCGAUAUCUCCCUGAAUAUCAUGUUGCGAAAGGAAAACACGAUUUCUUUGAAUGCUGCCGCAGUCCUGAGAUUGCUUCAACACUGACUCUCCAACCCAUUGACCGCUAUGCGGGUCUCAUCGACGCCGCCAUUAUAUUCUCUGACAUUCUUGUAAUACCGCAAGCGAUGGGUAUGACGGUCGAAAUGGUAGACGGGAAAGGUCCCCACUUUCCAAACCCUCUCAGGAACCCAAAGGAUGGACAGUAUGAGAAGCUCGUGGCAGGCGAAGUGGAUGUGGGGCGAGAGCUCAGCUACGUCUACGACGCCAUUACGCUUACGAGGAAAAAGCUAGACGGACGAGUACCUUUGUUUGGGUUCUGCGGUGCACCGUGGACGCUCUUAUGCUACAUGGUUGAGGGAGGAGGGACGAAGUUGUUCAAAGAGAGCAAGACCUGGCUGUAUAAAUAUUCGGAGGAGAGUAAGAGGCUAUUAAGGAAGAUCUCCGAGCUUUGUACCGAGUAUCUCGCGCUGCAGAUUGAAGCGGGCGCUCAGAUCGUGCAGGUCUUCGAUUCUUGGGCUGGGGAAUUAACACCAUCUGCUUUCAGAGAUUUUGCAUUGCCGGAGCUGAAAUACAUAUCUGCACAUCUGCCAGUGAGGUUGAGGAAGAUGGGGCUAGAUCUUGUACCGAUGGUUGUGUUUGCGAAGGGCGCAUGGUACGCGCUCGAAGAGUUGUGCGAUUCUGGUUAUCAGGUUGUCAGCCUGGAUUGGCUGCAUGAUCCUGGUGAUGCGGCAAGUAUUGCGAGGGGAGCACCGGAAGGGAGAGUAUGCCUGCAAGGAAACAUGGACCCUGGUGUGCUAUAUGGAGGGCGUGAAGCCAUCACGAAGGCGGUGGAGAUGAUGUUCGAAGGAUUUUGGGGAGACGGCGAGAGGAGAGGAUGGACUGCCAACUUGGGACAUGGAGUCACCCCAUUCGUGAAUCCGGAAGACCUCAAGUUCUACUUCACGGAAAUACAUCGAGUCGCAAAAGAGAAAGUGGCGGCGACGUGA